UCAAUUGCAUUGGUUCCAAUUAAGUGCACAUCCCGAACGUCCAGUUACAGCGUUACUUUUAAUAAAAUUCGAUUACAUAAGUUUUCUUGGCAUGGUUGCGAACCGGUUUUCAUUCAUUUUUCUAUCCAUUUAUUCUCGUAUUUUUCAAAUUGUCACGACUUUAUUUGCGUCGAGUGCAAAGAUAAAACAAGAUGGUGGCCCAUACAGUUUUGUUGGACUUUACGGUUUCCGCCAAUGUAAUAGUGGAUUUAGAUGAGCGAUCGAAUCUCAAGUCGACAAUAGCCAAUGUUCUGGGAGAUCAUUUUAAUGGUCUGAAAACAUUGACGGAAUUGAAUAUCGAGCGGAGCUUUGUAAUUUUGUAUGCUGGACCGAAAGGAAGUCUGAUAACCGUCAGAGGAUAUCCAGAGGGUUUGAUCACUCUCAAUGUGGAAUAUUACAAACAGGAUGAUGAAGAAGCCCUAUUAACUUUCGACUCGACCAGAGACUUGGAGACGGCAUUGCAGGCAGCAGCGACAGCCACAAGAUCACACACGCUUACUCCGAUUAAACGCGGUGGCCCCUUUGAGCGAUACUUUCCGACCGCGGAUGAACGGCUUCUCGAAUACGAUAUUGACAAACUGGUCUUCGAGGCGAGAUCGCCCUAUCAAAAAGUGCAAAUCGUCCACUCCAAAUCACUCGGAAAUUUGCUCGUCCUCGACGAGUUGCAAAAUAUGUCCGAGGCCGAUUUGAUCUACACCGAAACUCUCAUGCAACGUGGAAAGGAGUGCUAUACCGGAAAGGAAAUCGUUAUUCUUGGCGGUGGCGACGGAGGCCUGCUCUGGGAAUUGCUCAAAGAGAAGCCAAAACACGUUACGAUGCUCGAAAUCGAUGACGUCGUAAUGAAAGCCUGCAGCCAGCACAUGCGAAGUAUAUGCGGAGAUUGCCUUGACAAGAGGAAGGGAGACAACUACGAGAUCAUAAUCGGCGAUUGCGUGAAAGCUCUCGCACACAUGAUCGACGAAGGUCGUCAAUUCGAUUACGUAUUUGGAGACUUGACCGACAUACCAAUAAGUACGACACCUCACGGUGACGCUUGGGAUUUUAUCCGAUUGAUAUUGAAUUCAUCGGUCAAGGUUUUAAAAUCCAAUGGCAAAUAUAUGACUCACGGAAACGGUGCUUCCUGUCCUGAAUCCCUGACGAUGUACGAGGACGUGUUAUCCCAAUUGUCGGUGCCGGUAUCUUUCACGAAGGAUCGCGCCUUCGUUCCGUCCUUCUUCGAAGAUUGGGUAUUCUAUCAAGUGUCGCGUAAAUGAUUGAUUAAACAUCGGAACCGCGAAACUAACGGACCAUUAUCGAGUAUAAAACACAAUCUCUUACCAUUAUUAUGACCCCGCGCCUCUCGCUAUAGCUGUAGUAUAUCAAUUAAUCGAAACGGAUUUGUCUUGAAAGCUCGUAUCGAUUCUUCGAAUCAAAAAAGCCAACAAAAGGAAAAAGCUAUAAAAAUUCGCGUGAUCCGUAUCAAUUCUUCUUCAUAGCGUGUAUAUAUAUAUAGAAAUUUUUAAGAAAAUUUUAUAAAUGCGUAUUCAGCUCAUUUAUAAAUUCGUAGGCGUUUUCUAUAUGUUUAAGUUUCGACAAUCAACGGUUACGAAAAAACAAACAAGUGGAAAAACAAGACCUACACGUACACUUACACACACACACGCGCGCUGCAUGCGCUAUAUUUACGGAUUUGAUUUACGCGUUAAAUUAGUUAGAUAAAAAAAAUUAAUGAGACACCGCAAUAAUCAGUACGAUAAUCAUAACGCUUAAGGAUUUGACUAAAGAAUUUUUCUUCGAACACGAUUUUACUAAUUUGCAGUAUUCCUAUGGUUACGUAACCGAAACAAAAACCUGAAACCAAAAAAAAACGCAAUACGAUACACUCAAUUAUAAAGUCGUGCGUUCAUUCCAAUCGAACACUUUCGAUAGAGAGCUUACUACUUUUACCGAACUCCACUCAUUAUGGAAUUGUUCUUAGGAUUUUCCCAAUACCUCGCUUACCAUCAGUCUUUUAGCAUAUAUUACGUAUAUAUAUUUAUGUUAUUCAAUUAAGUAAAAAAACUUCUCCAAGGUGGUUAUUUGCAGAACAAAAAAGUAUUCCCUGUGACCUAAAAUUUGUUUUUCAUUUUUGUUUAUAUCAACAAGUUCUGUACUAUACCGUUAAACGUAAUGUUUACGCAAAUAUUAUAAACCCUUCGCUGUACGACGUAUGUAUUACCAUUACAAACUGUGCAAACUAUUUUUUUUUCGAUUUUUCUCAUGCUUUUUAUUUAAUAAGUAGGAUUUUUGAAUAUUUCCAAAUUUCGUUAAUUAACGAUGAAAAUAAACGGUACGAUCCUGUUAGUGAUCCUUCGAAAAAAUGAAGGCAACUGGCUUCAAUUAUUUGGGAUCAUUAUCAAUAAACUAUUCUUUAGGGUAGAAGUACUUCGGUUGAUGAGCUAUGAAAAAUUUGUAUGAAAAUUUUCUUAGACAAAUUUAGAAAAAAUGGCAAUUGGCUUUUCUUAAAAGAGAAUAAUAAAACUGAAGACGUCUCUAUGAUCAAAUUUAA